AUGACUCAGAUGGGACAUUCCAAGGCCGCAGCAGCCGCGUGGGUUGUCGUCGCCAUCCUCCUCGGUACUUCUCAGCCUUCCACUCUCCCUUCCAACCUUUCUCGUGUACGCCCGCAGGCGUUUACGCCUCCUCCGCAUGAUUCUGCUCGUGUGGAGUUCAGGGCAUGCACGAUCCAGUCCUCAGCGUCUCAGCGCCACGGAAUGCGUCACCGAUGCUCGUGUGGAGGAGUAAACAGGAUCCGCGAUUCAGUCCCCACGUCACGCUCAUUCCCGAUGGGAGCAAAUGCCGCUGCUGCCUCCGACGUGGUUCCUGCGGAGGUGCGAGUGGGAACGGUGGUGCUCGCCGGCUCGCUCGCUCAACCCGAGCCUGUCUACUUCGACCAAAACCGUUGCGUGACCGCGCCUGAAAUCGCGGGUGGAAAGGCGGAUGUGCUGGUGUGGUGGGACGUGUUUUCGGAGCGCACUAUUACGUUCAAGAUGGGCGCAUCAGUGAAGUCCAUCCGCUGCGUUCUCGACAACAUCUGUCGGAAGGCCAAGUGUCCGAAGAACUCCACGUGCAUCAAGACAAAGGACAGCCAGGAGCCUGCCUCUCACUUAGCCUCUGGAGUGCCACUGGUGUGCUGGGAUCCGCUGCAGAACCCUUUGAGUGCCCCUGAAGCCCUUUGA